GGAUGGGUUACAUGAGGGCCGUGGGGGCUUUGACGGGAUGUGAUCCGAGUGAAGAGAGAAUGGAAGGUGAUUCGGACUCGGCCAACUCAUCAUCGCAUGAGCCGGACGCCUUAGAGGAAUUUCAGCCUGGAUAUCCGCACCAUCAGGGAUCCAGAUUGGUCCCUUCGUCAUUCUCACCCUCUGGCGCAGACUCAGCAGUGGACUCCCCUUUAGCCUCCGAAAUGGGCACUUAUGGUCGAUCUCAUGCGAAGAGAAGUCAACAACUACAAGUGGCCACCACAACAACCCCAGCUAAUCUGAAUCCUAACACACUGUCGCCAAUCUAUGCUAUAGAAAGGAGUCCAGAUAUGUACUACCCUCCUCCCAACGGGCUACCAGGAGUCCAGGGAAAUCAUCAUUCAUCCCUGGGUUACAACCCGCCCUCUGCACUGAGAUCCAAUAGAAAGGAGCUGAAUUAGCGAUGCCGAACUUCUGGACUUGUCUCCGA